UUACAAAUAAUUAGCUUAGAGUAUACUUUGACACUGAAUUGCUGAUUUGGAAAGAUAAUCUUGGUUUUUAUCUGAGGCAAACUGAACUCAUUGGGCCUGGCUGCAAGUGUUUGCUUACAUCUCGGGUUGAAAGAGAUCCUCCUCCUUGUUAAACAGGCUAAAUUUGGUCUAAAGUUGUUGUCAACAAUAAAUUGAAUUUUCUGAUAUGCAGUAUCCAUGCAUCAUAGGGGCCGGGUCUUGAAUAUACUCAAUUGCUGGUGCCAGAGCCAAAUUUCUGUUGUGUGUAGUGUAGGUGAAUACUAGACUGCUGACAGUAAUUUUCAUAUAGAGCCUAUUUUGGAUCCUAAGGUGCACUUUUAUUUCUUUCAUAUGUUCAUCGUAUUUGUUCUACUCUGGUAAUGUUAUUUUCUGUAACCAAUGUUACACUUAUGUAUGCAUUUGGAAUAACAAACUGAGUAGCUUUUACCCGUGGCUCAGUAUAAAGUAUCAAUUUUUUUUUUUUAUAUAAAUAAGACCCUCCUUUUUGUCUUUUUUUGCAAUUUUGAAAAGUUUGCAAUAAUUUGUGCAAAGUUAAGUGUAAUUAAUCAUCUUGUAGUUGACAUCUCCAGGGCUACACUGUAUUAUAGAAUGAGGGGAGAGUAAUAAGCUUUGAGGUUUUAAUUUUGGAUGCUUAUUAAAUCUCUUGACCCACAAUAAUUAGAUUCCUUUGAUUCAUUUCAAAAUUGCGUGUUUUUAUUAAGGACCCUCUGGCAGUCAGCUGCCUACUGGCCACAUGCCACAAGAAAGAGUGACAGGAGAAGUACCUGGUGCUACUGCGGAUGUAUAUAGUGGAAUUUCAGCCAAAAAUCAAGACGAUUCCACUGGUCCAGGAGUGAAAGGAAAUCUAAAACGGAAAAGUUCAGAAUCAAGUCCAAGUCCGGACAAAGGUAAGAUUCCCUGUGCUAGAGACACCAGCAGAAACUCAGGGAAUCAAGAUACUCAAGAACAAGGAGAGAGAAAGAACAGAUAUAUGGAAGAGAAGAUUGAAGAGUUGUUAUCGCAGAGAUUGUUUGAUCUCUCUACAGAUAUAGGGAUACAUCACUUCUGUACACACUUAGUCGGAGAAUUUUACCUAAUGGAUACGAAUUUUCAAAGGAGUAAAAUUAAAGGUUAGUUCUCAUAUAAUCAACCCAACCGUUUUGAUCACUGCUAUCGUUUGCAGCCGCCGAGACGAUCGUACAUGUAGGUGAUCCAGGCGAUUGGGAGCAAUAAGGGGGUUCUCAUGUGAUCGCCCCGAUCAUCUGGUAUGAGCAAAGCGUGGGGUAAAGGCCUAGGCCCUCACUCCCACCCUCCUUCCUCCUUGAAUUGCGGAGAAAUUCAAAAGAUCCGUGAUUCAAAAGAUUAUACGUCAAAUGUUACCAUGGAAACAUUUUACAGUUGGAAAGACUUGAAAUUUGGAUCUGGCACGAAUUGAUCUCUUUACAGUUUUAUUGCUACUUAUAAUGUCUGGAUUAUGAUACAAAACUAAAGGUGAUUUCAAGAAGGCAUUAUCACAUAUUGGCGACGUUGGGAGAAAAUAUAUUCUCGUAUUGGGCUUCAUCAUUCCAUAACUCUGCCCAAUACAAGAGUGUAUUUUCUUUUAACUAGGCGCCAAUGUAUUCCAGUAUUACCGUCUCAAAGUCGCACUUAGUUUAGAAUAUUUAUGGUCAUUUCAUGCCUUAUUUGUACCCAACACUAACUGAAGUACAUGUAGGAUAACAUUCUUUUAACAUGGGUGUGUUCUGUGAAUUCAUAUGUGAAAUAUUAUUUAUUUGAACUGUAAAGAAAGAUAUCAAGACAUGAUUGAUCAUCACAGUUACACACACAACUUAAGCAGUUGUGAAACUGAAAAAAAUUUAGGCCUGAACUGGACUCAAACCCGUGACCUCUGCGAUACCAGUGCAGUGCUGUACCAACUGCACUACCAAGCCAAUUGGGAGUUGGUCAUGUGAGUUCAUAAUAUACCUGCAGAUGGUGAAGAAUACAACUGCAUAUAUGAGAGAUCAUAUAUUUGAACUGCGGAGAAAGAUUUGAAUACAUAAUUGAUCGUCACAGUCAUAAACAAUCAUGUCUCCAUAUGGCUUUGUACAUAACGUGGAUGUAUAAGCAUUGAAAAUUAAAGUUGACUUGACUAUAAUCACAGGAUGUGGG